ACCUCUACCGUUGUGUCACUUAAGGAAAAAAAUAUUAAUUUGCACCAACGGCGUACAUUUUUCAAUCGAAAAGAAGAGCAAUCAGAAGAUAAUUGUCUGGAUUAUUUGAAAAUUUAAGGCGACGGAAUUGAGUACCUUGCGAAAUUAUUUUGUACCCUUGAACAAGUGAAUUGCGAAUCGCCAGAGGGCCAAAUCGAAAUCUCGUCGAUUGCCUGCAGAAUAGAAAAACCGAUUUUCAGUGCGUUUGUGUGUGAGCAGCAGCAACAGCGGAAAAAAUGGCAGCGAGUGACAAAUCGGUCGACGAUUCACUAUAUCCCAUUGCGGUCCUAAUCGAUGAACUGAAGAACGAGGAUGUUCAGCUGCGAUUGAACUCCAUCAAGAAGCUGUCCACCAUUGCCCUCGCUUUGGGCGAGGAGCGCACACGGUCCGAGUUGAUACCCUUCCUCACCGAGACCAUAUACGAUGAGGACGAGGUGUUGCUGGCCCUGGCCGACCAACUGGGCAACUUUACAAGUCUCGUUGGUGGAGCAGAGUUUGCCAUGUACUUGAUUCCGCCCCUCGAGAGUUUGGCCACCGUAGAGGAAACCGUGGUGCGAGACAAGGCUGUAGAAUCUCUGCGCACUGUGGCCGCUGAGCACAGCGCCCAGGAUCUGGAGAUCCAUGUGGUGCCGACAUUGCAGCGCCUGGUUUCCGGUGACUGGUUCACCUCACGCACCUCUGCCUGCGGCCUCUUCUCGGUCUGCUAUCCACGCGUCACGCAGCCAGUGAAGGCCGAGCUGCGCGCCAACUUCCGAAAGCUCUGCCAGGAUGAGACACCCAUGGUGCGCCGUGCAGCAGCCAACAAGCUGGGCGAGUUUGCCAAGGUCGUUGAGACCGAGUAUCUGAAAUCAGACCUGAUUCCCAACUUCGUUCAGCUCGCACAGGAUGAUCAGGACUCUGUUCGUCUGCUGGCUGUAGAGGCUUGCGUCAGCAUUGCCCAGCUGCUGCCCCAGGAUGAUGUAGAGCACCUGGUCCUCCCCACGCUGCGCCAGUGCGCCAGCGACUCUUCAUGGAGGGUGCGUUACAUGGUAGCCGAGAAGUUUGUUGAUCUGCAAAAGGCUGUGGGUCCGGAGAUAACUCGAGUGGACUUGGUGCCUGCCUUCCAGUAUUUGCUCAAGGAUGCCGAGGCCGAAGUUCGCGCAGCAGUGGCGACCAAAGUGAAGGACUUCUGCGCCAACCUGGAUAAGGCCAACCAGGUGCAAAUCAUCCUAAGUUCCAUUUUACCCUAUGUGCGCGAUCUUGUCUCCGACCCCAACCCUCAUGUGAAGUCAGCUCUGGCCUCAGUGAUCAUGGGCUUGAGCCCCAUGCUGGGCGCCUAUCAGACUGUGGAGCAAUUGCUGCCCUUGUUCCUCAUUCAACUUAAGGAUGAGUGCCCAGAAGUGCGCCUUAACAUCAUCUCAAACCUGGAUUGCGUUAACGACGUCAUCGGCAUCCAGCAAUUGUCACAGUCGCUACUGCCCGCCAUCGUCGAGCUGGCCGAGGACUCCAAGUGGCGUGUGCGUCUAGCCAUCAUCGAGUACAUGCCUGCUCUGGCCGGUCAGUUGGGUCAGGAAUUCUUCGACCAAAAACUGCGCGGUCUCUGCAUGGGAUGGCUCAACGAUCACGUGUACGCCAUUCGUGAGGCAGCUACCCUUAACAUGAAGAAGCUCGUCGAGCAGUUCGGAGCUCCCUGGGCCGAACAAGCCAUAAUUCCAAUGAUCCUGGUUAUGUCGCGCAAUAAGAACUAUCUGCACAGAAUGACUUGCUUGUUCUGCCUGAACGUUUUGGCAGAGGUCUGCGGCACAGAUAUCACCACCAAGUUGCUGCUGCCCACAGUUCUCCUGCUUGCCGCUGAUCCCGUUGCCAAUGUUCGUUUCAACGUGGCAAAGACCCUGCAGAAGAUCUCGCCCUUCCUGGAGGCCAGCGUUAUUGAUGCCCAAGUAAAGCCCACACUCGACAAACUGAACGCAGACACAGAUGUGGACGUCAAGCAUUUUGCUGCACAGGCAAUCGCCGGCAUAGCUGCAGAAAUGGAACUGAAUGUGUUUAGAACGGCAAUUCCGCCUUGCAUGGGUGCGAAGAUUGAGGCGGCAAUGGACUCAAAGCUGAUCGUGGAACCGCCACGGCAGCUGGAGGCAGCUGACAAUGACAUUUUGCAGGAGAUGAAUGGCACGGCAGCGGAGCCGCCCAAGCUUGACUCGGAAUCAACAACACUUAAGAACGGAAAAUUGUAGUGGAUCCCGGAAGGUGUUAAACGCUGCAGCCAAUGCUGGAUGAGGGAUGGAUGAAGCCAGGAGUCAGAGGAAACAGAGAUUUGGAGUAGCGCCGCCAAGGCCAGCAUGGGAGGAGACCCACUAAACGCGACACACAACUAAACAUUACUACUUACAUACUUAUAUUAUAUAUAAAUUACCAUAGACAUAAAGAUCAUUAUUAAAAACAUUUGUAGAGUUUGGAACAUUUGAUCGCAUCUGAAUGCAAAAAUAAAAUUGUAGUGAAACAAUA